UCAUCACCAGAGAACCACCCUCGUCUCUCAGCAAUGUCAGAGGGACAAACACACCAGGAUAACCCUGAUCAACCAGGGCAGUCCACACAACUCCCACAGCAACCUCCUCCACAGCUUGCCGCCGCGCAACAGGGCGAAACACUCCCAUCCACAGCACCUCAAACAGACAUUACACAGGCUGUACCUCUUCCGGAUGAUAUCCGACAACAGAUUGAGCAAGAACAGGCUCUAGCGGAUGCACAUAAAAGAGUCAGAGAGCUGGAGGAGCAAGUCGGGAAGCUGAGUACGGAGAAGGAAGGGGUGGUUGGGGAGAGAGAUGGAGCGGUGGCUGCCUCGAAUCAGCUCCGCACGCAGCUUUCAAACCUUCAAUCAUCCCAUCACAAAACCACUUCCGAACUUUCAGUGUUGCAGACCCGUUUAGAUUCGAUAGAGAGGGAGAAGAAGGAAUUAUACGAAGAAGCUGAAAGGCUGCACCAGCGAUCAAACAAGAAUAUCCAGGAAUUGUACGCUUUGAGAUCGGCCAAGACGGAUGCUGCCCAAAAGAUUGCGCAUCUCGAUGUUGAAGUCUCCGAGUUGAGGAUGAUCACUGAGACUGCCAAAUUUAACGAGAAGAGAAGCAUUCAAGCUUUGGAAAGCGCUCGUGCUGAGAUUAUCUCUCUGAGCAAGGCUGUUUCGGAGGUUGAAGAGCGGUUCGGCAAGUACCGCGCUGAAGCUCAAUCUGAUCAAAGUAAAUUCCGAGCCGAAAAUGAAUCUCUCCUCACCCGACUCAACACACUUGAACAGUCCCAUCGCUCCCUUCAGCGUGCAUACAACGACCAGUCUUCCCGUUUAGCCGAGGCCCACGCUUCUAUUGCAACUCUCACUUCCACUGCCGCUGCCAACAAGGCCGCUGUUGCUGUUGAUGUGCUUGCGAUGGAAGAAGCCAACCGUCUUCUCGAACGCCGGUUGGAUGAGGCGAGAUCGACUGUGCUUGAGAGAGAGGCGGAGCUGGAAAAUAUGGCGUCAGCUCACGAAGAGAGAGAAAAGAAUUGGGAAGCCAAGGUGAAGAAGGAGGAGAGGAUGAGGAAGGAGGUGGAGAAAAAGAUGGGCGAGUUGAAGAAUAUUGCAGAUAGACUUGACAUGGCGGAGGGUAGAGGAGGUUAUGUGAGUGCUUCAGCGGCGGUGGUAGGGGAGAUGAGAAAAGAUGGGAAGAGUUAUACACAGUUGUAUACGGACUUUACGAUUCAGGAGAGUAGAUUGCAAGCGGCAGAAGGGGAGGUGGAGAGGUUGACAAAUUUGCUGGAUGAAAUUAGCCAGGAGCUCAAUGAAAAAAAACCCAUCCUCGAUGAGCAAGCGGCCGAACACGCUCGCGCCAUCGAACGCGCCAAUGCCCUCGCCUCCGAACUUGCCUCUGUCAUUUCCACGCGGGACGCCCUCCAAAAUGAAGUAAAAUCUCUUCAAGCAGCAUCUACCCACCAUACCUCUGAAGUUUCUUCCCUCCAAUCUUCGGUUGACGACCUUUCUCGACAAGUCAAAACACUCCUCCGCCAGAUUGCCAUCAAGGAUGACCCAUCACUCGCUUCUGUCCCUAUGGACGGUGAUGCCGAAGUGGGUCCGACUGGGGAUAUCAUCACCGACCAUCUUGUCGAAUUCCGCUCUAUCCGCUCACUGCAAGAGCAGAAUCAACGUCUCUUGAAGAUUACGAGGAGUCUGAUGAAGAAGCUUGAUGAGCGGGAAAUUGCGAGGGCAGAAGGGGAGGAGGAGGAUGAGGUGACGGGUAGGACGCUGGAUGAGGCUACGGAGAUGAUAAAGAAGCUUCAUAAGGAUUUGUUGGAUGCCCAAAAGAGGGUGGGAGACGUUACGAGGGAGAGGGAUUUGUUCUCCAAGUUGCUCUCAAAGGGUGAAGGCCUUCGAUGGUCUAUCUCCGCUUCUUCUGGUUAUCCUGGCGCCCACGGUACCCAGCACGGUCACGGGCCUUUGGAUGAAGAUACCGAAACGUCGUCGAACCAGCAACUCGCUACCCUCCAAGCAGAGUUGGAUGUCCUUAAAGAAAAGGCUCAUGGCGAUUUGGAGGAAGCGAGGAAGGAGAUUAGGAAGAAGAUGGAGGAAGCGGCGAGGGCUGAUGUGGAGAAGGCUAGGGCAGAGGCCAAGGUCGGGUUGCUUGAAGAACAAGCCAAGGCGCUUACCGAAGCGAGUCAACAGCAAAAGACAGAGUUUGCGGGGCUUGAGACGCAGUUGAGGCAGUUGCAGGGUGCUGUCGCCCAGGCUUAUAAUGAGCAGCGAGCGGCGCUCGAGCAAGUUGCGGCUCGACAAGCGGAAUCUGAUAGGUUGAGGAAUGAAGCUGCCAUGCUCCGUGCCGAGAAGGAUCAGUGGAAGAGCGUCGAGGCUCGUUUGCAAUCCGACUUUGCACAAGUACAAGCCGAACGCGUCAAGCUUCAGCAGUUGACUGACAACCUUCAGAAUGUUGCGAACGAGGCCGAGAAGAGUAGGGUUGAGGAGAAAGAGGGGCUGGAGAAGCGAAUCGAGGAGGUACAACGUGAAGCGACGGCUCUUCGUGAGCAAAUUGAACAAGCUCGAGCUGCCACUCGCGAAGCCGAAAAAAAGUCUCAAGAUUUCGAAUCCCGCCUCGACGCUGCCACCACCUCUCUCCGGGCCGAAAAGGAGGCUGCCUCCGCCCUCGCUGCCGCUCGCGCCGAAGAGCUCGCCAAAGUUCAAGCCGAUUACGAGAAGGCCAAGGCGGACUCUGAGAACAGACUUCGUAUCGGACUCAACUGGAAGCGCCGCGUGGAUACUCUGAACGAGCAGAUUGGAAAUACUGCCAAGACUCAUAUGGAGGCGGUUACUGAGAGGGAAAGGAAGGUGGAGGAAGCGGAGAAGAAGGUGAAAGCAGCAGAGGAGGAGGUGCAGACGUUGAAGAAGAAAGUGGAGGAGGCGGAGGGAACUGUGCAGAGGUUGCAGACCGAGUUGGCGAACACUCAGAAGACGGAAGGACAGGCGCAGGGUCAAGCUCAGGCUGAUAGCACCGCCUUGACCGAGCUCCAAAACGAGAAAAACCAACUUGCUGAAAAGCUCGCCCAGGCCGAAAAGGACCUCGAAACUCUCAAGGCCACCGCCGCACAAGAGGACAAAGAGCGAGACGAACGCUAUGAGAACAAUGUCGCUCGAGUGAACCGCGUAAACGCACAGAUGAAGGCAAGAAUUGACGCACUCAUUUCGGAGAAACAAAUGACCCAAACGAGUGUCGAGAGUCUGCAAGCCAAGGUUUCAGAAUUGGAAGGGAAACUUACUGAGCUCGAGUCCGCAGCGGCAAACAUCAACGCCAAUUCCGCUGCACCGGCCGAUGCUGCUGUUGGUCCUGUUACCGGAAUCACUGCCGCAACCACAACCGCCACUGCUACUGAAGAGACAAAGCCUUCUCAAGAGCAGAUUGAUGAAGCUGUCAAGGCUGCAGUCGCCGCGCGAGAGGCAGAGCUUCAAUCCAAAUUCGCCAAGGACCUCGAAGAAGCUACCACUGCUGCUGCUACCGCUGCCGCUGCUGCCGCCUCCACUUUUGCACCCCAAUCUACGACUGCCUCCGCGCCCGCUCCUGCUACACCUGUUAUAGACGCCGAAGCUACCGCCAAGAAGACUGCCGAGCUUGAAGCGACUUUCGAAACUCGUGUCGCCGAGGCUGUCCAAGCCGAAAAGACCGCAUUGGAAGAGGAGAUCAAGCAGCUCAAGGGGCAGGUUGAGGAACUCAAGAACAAGAUCAAGGCGCUUGAGAGGCAAGUAAAGACGGCGGAAAUUUCGAGAAAAACUUUGGAGAGACAGAAGACCGAAGUGGAAAAGAAGCUGGGAGAGGCUACAUCGGCUGCUGCUGCGACCGCUGAGAGUGCGGCGCCGGCUGGAGCUACAGAAGAAGUGAAGCAGGAAGAGGGAUCGGCUCAAGGCGCCGCGGCGGCAAAGGUUACAGCGACGAGGGGCCGAGGAAGAGGAACAGCGACCAGGGGACGAGGCGGAGCGACAGGACGACCGAAUCCUGUAUUGAGUGCUGUCAAUGCUACCCUUGCCGCCGCUACACCGCCAGCUACAGCCGAACCCAGUGGCACAAAGCGUCCUUUACCCGAAGACGGAGAGAUUACUACCAACGAGAACACACAGACUGCUGCUGCUGGGAGCGCUUCACCUGCGGUAGGUUCUGGAGAGAGGGGAGGGAGGUUAUUAAAGCGACCAAGAGGUGCGGCUGCGACAAGGGGAGGGCGUGGAGGACGAGGAGGAGGGGCAGGCAGCGGUGCUGGAGGUGGUGGUGCUGGUGAGACGAGCUAAGUGAGAUAACAGUUGAAAUGGAAAAAAUUUAAUGUAAUCAUAUCGAGUAUCUCCACUACUACUAUGAAUCUUACGUCUGA